GUAAAUAGUAACGUCAACUGCUAGGAGAUAGCGCUUCUAUGUAUGACUGAGAUUUCUUAUCGAUUGAUGGCCAAUGCCAUCUAGCGAGUAAAGUUGUAAUUUGGAGAAAUGGGGAAUGGUGGUUGAAUGAAACGGGAGGGGCUUAGGAGGGCCUUUCCCGCCGUGUCACACAUAUAAGUAGCAAGCAAGUGGGCCUCAAUGUUUCAGUUGUAGUGUAAGGUGGGAAGGCGGUGAGGAGGUUAGUUGUGUGACAGUUGUAGGAUCGACACGCGCCCCGGAACACUACAUUCCUUGAUAAUUGGUUGUUGUGAUUGUGGUGGAAAUUGACUGGGAGGGUACCGGUGGAUUAGCGCAUGCUGAGAAGCCUGCAAAGUAGGUCUUCCUCGAGAGAUCUCUUGUCAUUUGCAACGUUGUAUGAAUUAAUUGCAGAGAGUUAGUUUCAGUGAUUUGUGCAAAACUUGAAAGUUUUAUUUGUUAUUUAUCAUGAAUUACUUGGAAAUAACCUUACCCAAUUAUUCGUAUGUAUUUAAUUUCGAGGAAGAAUUUAAACACCAAGAUACAAGAGUAUGGAUGGUGAAGAAUUGGACAAACGGGUUUUAUUUCUGCGGAAUUUACAUGAUUUUAAUAUUUGGUGGACAACAUUAUAUGCAAAGUCGGCCACGGUUUCAACUACGAGGAGUGCUCUCUUUAUGGAAUACAGCUCUGGCAGCAUUUAGUAUAAUUGGAGCUUGCAGAACAUUACCAGAGUUCAUUCAUGUUCUUAAAAACUACGGAUUAUACCAUUCUGUUUGUAUUCCCAGUUUCAUUGAACAAGAUCGUGUAUCAGGAUUCUGGUCAUGGAUGUUUGUGCUGUCAAAACUUCCUGAACUAGGAGAUACAGUCUUCAUAGUCUUGCGGAAACAGCCACUAAUCUUCCUUCAUUGGUAUCACCAUAUUACUGUUCUUAUGUAUUCCUGGUAUUCAUACACAGAAUACACUGCUUCUGCUCGAUGGUUCAUUGUUAUGAAUUACUGUGUUCAUUCGAUAAUGUAUUCUUAUUAUGCUCUCCGGUCAAUGGGGUAUUCUCCUCCUCGUUCCUUUGCAAUGUUGAUUACAACUUGCCAGUUGAUACAGAUGGUUUUAGGCUGUGCUGUCAACUUCUGGGCCCUUCAAAUUUUGGAAAGUGGGCAACAAGAAUGCCAUAUUUCUCGCACUAACAUUAAAUUGUCAAUAGCUAUGUACUUUAGUUAUUUUGUUUUAUUUGCAAGAUUUUUCCAGAAAGCUUAUUUUGGAAAUGGGAAAAAAUCUAAGACUGGCUCAACUAAUGGUAUCACAUCCACUAAAUACAUAGAAUCCAAGUCCAAAGUUCAUUGAGGAUUGGGGGCCUUUACAUCUAGUUAUUUGCUUAAAUCUAUUACAGGAGAAAUAUAUAUUCUGGUUUCAUUGGUCAGGUCAUCCAGUUAUUAUUUAAUGAUUCUUCAACUUCAUCAGUGUUUUAGUAUGUAGUAGGUAAUAUACCGUUUUAAAGACUAUUACGAAGUUGGAAGCAUAUUACUAGAAUUUUUAUUCAAGUGGAACGAAUAUGAAUCAUAAAAACAAUAUGUUGCUGGAAUGACACCUGCCAAUGCAAUGAAGAAUAUACAGGCACAAAUGUUUUUGUUACAACAUAUUUAUUGUGGUGUUAUGCUUCAUGUUAUUUAUAAAGUACCAUUCAAAUGGUCUUGUCAUCUUCAUUAGGAUUUUGAAAUUUUUCUUUAUUUAGAAUCCUUAGUGGACUGGCAUAGGGAAGAUACAAGCUUCGAAUACAUAUUGAGUCUACUACUUCAGACCAAAGUGAAGCCUUACAUUUGCAAUUUCUCAACUGUUCUCUUGUACCUUCCUGUUCUUUCAAUUGCAAAAUAAUAAAAUUAAUUUUCAUUUGACUUGCAAAUUCUUGCCUUGUUCUAAAAUUAAUGAACAAAGUUGGAGGGAAUUUUGCUAUCUCUUAAGUUGUUUUAAGGGCUGCAAUGUUACAAUUCCUAUUUCAUGUAAAAUGAUAAGUGAUAUUAUCAUUAGAGAGAAAUAAAUUGCAUUUAGCUGAUUGUGAGAUGUAAGUAUUGUGAUGUAAUUCAUUUGCUAUUUAUGUGCACAUUAAUAACAUUCUUUUGGAUGUUAAUUUUUCAACCAUGUAAAUUUAGUACAUGAAUACAAGUUUCUUUUCUAUAACAAUUUUGCUGUUUCUUGGUUCAGAAUGUUUAGUUUUAUAUCAAGAACAUCGAAGGCAAAUGGAAAAUGGAGGUCUUUAUUCAAUGGUUAAUUGUGAAUUUGCACUGUGGUUUGUGAUAUCUCUAGGACACAUUUUGUUGUUCUGUCUAGUCCGUUAUUUACUUGUAAGACAUUCACCAUUACAUAUUAUUUUUAUCUUUUCUGUGUGUGAUGCUUCAUGAAGGACUUAUCAUUUAUACAAAUUUAUGCUAACAUUUGGCUUGCCAUAAUUCUUGUUUAGAGAAUCCGUGAUUCUAAAAUUUGCAUGCCAAUGAAGUAUUAUUUUUAAAUUCCAUUGUUUUAUUUUCUUUAAAUAGAAAUGCAUUUAUGUUUGAACAUUCCGGAGUUAAAUUAUUUUAAACAUGUAUUUUAAGGAGGAAAUAGAUUACAGAACAAAUGUAAUAUAUUGUGAAGGUCAUUCCAUAAUUAUCAUUGUUAUAAACCAAAGUAUUAUGCGAAUGUAUUAAAACUGUUAUGGGUUUGUUGAUACGUAGUCUCAGCAAUGCACAUUAUUUUUGUGGUGUUUGGAACAAUGAAAGUUUAGUUUGUUUCCAGAUGAUGGAAUAUGUUUGCAGGUUUGCAAAUGCACACGUUUUCUUUACCAAAAGAAUGAUAAUUACAUUUGCCCUUAAAACUAAAUCUUAACUUCAUUUUUAGCUGUACUAAAUGAAACUAUGAUAAUCUCAGGAAUGAGCUUACAAAGAAUAAUGUAGAAUUAAAACAAUCACUUAAGCGAUUAUGUCAAUUUUUCCCAAUUAUUUGACAUUAUGGAACAUAAAUAUUUCUUUUAAUGUUUUGGUUAGUACAACAUGCUUUUAGUAAUUUGUGAACUAAAAUGUAUUUUUCAAGUACUGCCAAUUUUAUUUAGUAAUUGCCAUUGUGCUUGCUGUGGCUGCUGCUAUAUAUUCAUAUACAGUGUAUCAAGAUUUAUUUUGGUACUAAACUUUAAUAUUGUAAAAUAUGUUUGUAGUUCACCAUUUGUCUUCAAGCUUGGCUACUUUGACAUUAUAUGCAGUAAAUGUAAUGGAGAUACUGUUUGUAUUACAUUGUAUAUUUCUGCAUAUUGUUUGAGUUUGAGAAAUAGCUUUCAAGUAUGGCGGUUGUGAGCAUCUCUUUGAUAGUAAUGAAUAAAAUACUGGCCAUUAGCCCUGAUGUGUAUUGAAAAGUUCAUGCAUACUAUUUUCAUUCCUUUAUAUUCCAAUUUCCUUCAUGCUAUUUUCAUAUCUGGUGAAGUAGUAGUUUCUAGCCUAAUGAGUUAAGCAAUAUCAUGUGCAAAUGUGUGUAAAUUCAGGUCAUUGUUUCCUAGAAUCUUGACAUUCAAAAUAUAAAGACAAAAUGAAUGUGAGGAAAAUACUAAUAUUUUUAAAAUUCAGAUACAGAUAUUUUAAAGUGUUGUAGAUAGUUGAUAAUACAGAUUACUGAUUUUGAUAAAGAUUUGUUGAUUUCGUAAACAAGAUUAUUCUGAAGGUUUAGAAGAUGCAUUGUUGUAGAUAUGCUCCUGACAUACUUCCUUUCAACAUUUAAUUCACAGCCUUUAUAAGUAUAUCAUGUUCUGUGACAUAGUAUAUUUAAAAGAAAAUUGCUAAAUUAUAAUGUACAUGAACUUAGGUCAGCAUAAAUUGCAAAUUAAUUUAUUGGUUAUAAAGUUGAUUUCUUAAAUUUAAUUUAGGCUCUAAUGAUUAAUUUAUGAAUACAUGGAAAUAUUACAUAGUGCAAUAAAUAUUUCUAAACAGUAGUACUAUAUUCUGAAGGGGGAAAAAUGUAAUGAGACUUAUAAGUAUCAUGUUUGUGUGUACAUAAAUUCCAAAUUCUUUUUUGGUGUGCGUGUGUGUGUGUGUGUGUGUGCGUGCACGCGUUGUGUGUGUGU